AUGAUCGCUUGGAUUUUCAGGUUUUAUCACAAUUUAAAGAACAAAGAUAAAAACCUCACUCCUGAUGUCUCAGUUGAUGAAUUGGAGAAUGCUGAAAAGGCACUUUGUAGAUUGGUACAGAAAGAAUCAUUUACAGGCAUAAACGAUCCCGCUAUUCGUGCGCUGAGACCAAUCCUAGACCAAAAUGGAAUUUUAAGAGCCAAAACGAACGUCCUACAGCGUCAAGAUAAUGAAAAUUUCCGAUAUCCUAUCAUUUUACCUUCAAAACAUAUACUUGUUGAGAGACUAAUUUACGAGAAACAUCUAGAACUCCAGCAUGCUGGUGUCAGCACUUUAAUCUUGUAUACAUGUACCAUUUAUAGAGCCAUUCACCUCGAACUAGUUACUUCUCUAUCUACUGAAACUUUCAUCCAAUCUUUACGUAGAUUCAUUGCCAGAAGAGGUAGACCUUAUGUGAUAUAUUCCGACAACGGAACUAAUUUUGUAGGGACUAACAGUGUUCUUAAGAAAGUUAAUUGGAACGCCAUAUGUUCAGCUGCUUCUAUCCAAAGGAUACGAUGGAAGUUCAACCCUCCGACCGCCGCCUGGUGGGGAGGUUGGUGGGAGAGGCUUGUGCGAAUGGUGAAAGAAAAUUUAAGAAGAGUGUUAGGUCGAACGUCCUUAAAUUAUGAAGAAUUAUAUACUAUAUUAUGUGACUGUGAACAAGUGAUUAAUUCGCGACCUAUCACAUACGUAUCAGAGGAUAAUCAAGAUCCAUCACCACUGACCCCUAUGAUGUUCCUGCAAGAAUUGCCGUCAUCAGGAGUUCCUGAUAUGGACUACGUAGAUUCCAAAGAACUAAACCGUAAACCGCCGAGCCAAAUACCGACAGAGAAUAAGACAUGA